AUGCUAAUUGCUGCAGUUCUAAUUGUUAUCGCUAUUUCGCUGAUUUAUAUCAUUUUAAAGUACCGCUACUAUACCGAUCCUGAUGAUGGAAUUCCCGGUCUACCACCUGAAUUUCUUUUUGGUCAUUCACGAUCGACAGGCCUAUUAUCAGGUACAUCGGUAAGUGUCAUCUUGUCUCGAUUACAACAACGUUAUGGUGAUGUUUUUACAUUUUGGUGGGGUCAUAAACGAAGCAUCGUUUUGAAUCGAAUCGAACAUGUUCAAUAUGUUUUAUCCAAUCGACACAUAUAUGAUCAAGGAUCAAUUACAGCUGAUGGAUUUUCAUUGAUCGCUCCAUCUGGUUUGAUUUCUCUACAGGGUAAAAUAUGGAAGCGUCAUGCUCGUAUCAUUUUACCCAUUCUCAAGCGAGCUAAGAUCGCUCAUUUGAUUGAUAAAAUUACAGAGUGCACGGAUGAUUUGAUACAUAGUGGUCAAUUUAUUGAUAAUCACGUAAACACAAAACUUGCACAACAAUUUAAUCAACUUUUCACGAAUAUCUUCGCUAGAACUGCAUUAAAUUAUGAUCCGAACACUAAUAAAUCGUCAUCAUCAUCGUCAGAACUUUCACUAGCUUUGACAGAUUUUAUUGAGCAAAGUGCUCGAGCAAUGCUUGCUGCCGGUUUGCCACGUAUUCUGCAACAUUUAUUUCUUCGCAUGAAUCAGACAUAUCAACGAGCUAGACAAAUUAUUCAUUCACAUAUAUUAGCGAUCAUUCAUCAUGAGUUAUCUCGAGUCAAACAAGUAAACGAAAAGCCAUCUAAUUUGAUUAGCUCUUUCAUGAAUUCAUUCGAUCAUGAUGGAUUAACCGAAGACGAAUUAUUCGACGAAAUAAUUCUUCUUCUUAUUGGUGGAACAGAAACAACAUCAUCAGCAUUAUCCUGGUUUGUCUAUUAUGUUUCAAAACGUCCUUCAGUACAAGAACAGAUUAAGAAAGAACUGAAACAAAAUAAUAUCACGGUGGAUACGCAACUGACUGUUGAUUUGCUAGACCAUCUUGUCUACGUAGAUGCUGUAGUGAAAGAAGUUCUACGUCAUGCACCUGUUGUCAGUGCUAUAACACGCUGCACACUUCAAAACGAUGAAAUUGGAAAAGAAUUGAAGUCUGAUGGAUUGCCUACUGUACAUGUUCGAGCUGGUGAUACAAUCACUAUCGUUAUGAACAAUAUUCAUCACGAUCCUCGCUACUGGAAACUUGAUCCACAAGAGUUUUUACCUGAGCGUUUUCUUGAUGAAGAUCGUGAUCAUCAUCCAUGUGCCUUUCUUCCUGUAAGUAUUCAUUUAUUUUAG